CAUAUUCUUCUCCAAUGGUGCCUCAUUUUAUCGAGCUUCCCCUCGGGAAGAACCUACCAUACACCACCACCACCACCAUUAAAGCUCUCUUACUAGCCCUCACCGUGAUGAUUUUCCUCCUAUUGAUCCCUUUCUACCUGAUAAACAAUUCAUCACCUCCAUGGCUGGCUGCAAAAGGCAUUAAUGCCAUGAGCAUAAAACAUGGAAAGAAAUAUUGCAAUAUAUUUCGAGGAAAAUGGCUUCAACAACACAAUAUUGCUCCUUAUUACACUAAUGCUACUUGUCGUGAGAUCUUCGAUCAACAAAAUUGCAUGAAGUUUGGUCGGCCGGAUACCGAGUUCUUGAAAUGGAGGUGGAAACCAGAUGAAUGUGAGCUUCCUCUCUUUGAUGCUGUGCAGUUUUUAGAGCUUCUCAAGGGGAAGUCAAUGGCCUUUGUUGGGGACUCUUUGGGAAGAAACCAAAUGCAGUCACUCUUGUGCCUCUUGGCUAGCGUGGACUAUCCUAUAGAUGUUUCUUACACAAAAGAUCCAAGGUUCAAACGGUGGCUUUACGUCGGCUACAACUUCACACUGGCCUCCUUCUGGUCACCGCACUUGGUGAAUGCCAUAGACACAGAACCCAACGGACCAACCUACAACCGCCUCAUGAACCUUUAUUUAGACGAGUCCAACCAUGACUGGGCGGCUCAGAUUGAGGCAUUCAACUACGUGAUCAUCUCAGCUGGACGAUGGUUCUUCGGACCACAAAUGUUUUACGAAAAUGGUCGGAUUGUUGGGUGCCAUGCAUGCCUCAAGAACAACGUCAAAAACCUAACCAUGUUCUAUGGUUACAGAAAGGCCUUUAGAACUGCCUUCAGAACCCUAUUAAGGCUAAAAAAAUUUAAGGGUGUGACUAUUUUAAGGACAUUGUCGCCGGCACAUUUUGAGAAUGGGGAAUGGGAUAGAGGAGGGAGUUGUGCAAAAACAAGGCCUGUGGAGAAUUCAGAAAUGAAAUUGGAUGGGGCUGAUUUGGAGCUGUACAUGACUCAAGUGGAGGAGCUGAGGGCAGCAGAGAGGAAAGGGAGGAAGAGGGGUUUGAAAUUUAGAGUGCUUGAUACCACUGAGUCUAUGGUGUUGAGGCCAGAUGGACACCCAAACCAUUUUGGGCAUGGGGCACAUGAAAAUGUGACUAUUGCUGAUUGUGUCCAUUGGUGCUUGCCUGGCCCUGUUGACACUUGGAAUGAGCUCUUGCUUCAGAUGUUAAAGAUGGAAAAUGAAGAUUCUUUGGAUAGAAACUUUGGAUAAAUUUUGGAUGAAUUAAGUGCAACUAAAGAUUACUAACUAAUCAAAUCGGGCAUCAGUCAACUAGAAAUAUUCAAAGCAAAAUUCAGAUUGUUAAAAAGGGGGCUUGGGAAGUUUGACUGUUUCUGUAAAUAAUG